AUGGAUCAACGACCUCUUACUUCUUUCCAGAGUAGGAGAGGACAAUAGAUGUCCUAGUCUUAGUCAUAAUCAACAAUCUUUAAUAGGCCUCAAACAACUGGCGCAAACCAAUAAGAAAAUCUUGAUUAUAAUACCAGAAUGAAUGCUUCAUCAACUAAUUUUAGGUAGGUCAAUAUUAGCACAAGUGCAUAGACUUAGAAAGAACUAGGAUUUGUUGGUUCUAAGAAUUAGUAGAAUACAGCUUAAAAAUAAAGAAUGCCAAAUAUUAGCUAGCAAAUACCUAUUUCAGAUUUUUCAUCGAAAGAUAUGUCAAAGACAAUUCCAAAGAAUAUAUAUUAAGAUAAGGAAAGACUCUAUGAAGAGUUGAUUGCAACUAAAAAAAUAAUCAAUUAGCUUAGAUUUGAAAAUCACAAGUUGUAAACUCAUUGUUAUGGACUAAAGCAAGAACUUAAGAAAUACGAGCAGAGUGAACCAGUUGACAACUUAUAAACAUCAAGUCUGCUCAACUCUAUUAAAAAGAAAACAAAUAAAUCUACUGGAUUAUAUUCAAAUCAAGAAAUAAGUUCAAUUAUUCCUACACUCAAAAAAUAAGUUGCUGAUUUAACAGCUUAACUAUAGUAAAAGGAAAAAGAGAUGAACACUCUUAAGAGAAACGUUAAAUUAACUAAAAUAUCAGAAUUAGAGGUUGAACUUAAAUCUUAUAUGGAUGAAACUAUACGUUUGAGGCGAUUAUUACAGCAAUCUUUGUCUUUGAAGCCAAAAAAUGAAGAUGAAGGAGACGGAUCUGUUGAAGAGAAAUUUAUUUCUUAAAUGAACUAAAUACAUAAUUUAAAAAGUGAAAAUUCAAAAAUGUUGGACGCUAACGAAGAACUUAAAAUUAAAUUAAUCGAAAAAGAAAAAUAAAUUUUAGAAAUGGAAAGAUAAAGUUAGAAAUAAACCAAAGACAAAGCCUAUUAUAAAAGACUUAUCCUAGAAAAAGAAAGAGAACUAGAUAGAUAUAGAGGAACUGAUCCUACUUAAUAAAAUAGCUCUCGUAAAAAUAUGGGAUUAAGCGAAGGAUAAUUUAAAGUAGAACUUGAAAAAAAAAUUGGAGAUUGCAACAACUUGAAUACAAAAAUUCAAGAAAAGGAAAAGAAAAUUUAAGAAUUAGAGCAAAAAAUUAAGGAUUUGCAAACAGAUUAUUAGGAAAAGCUAAGCAGUGAAACAAAGGAAAAGGAUCAGAUUCGCUAAAAAUACGAAAAAGAACACCUUGAAUUAUUAGAACUCAAGGAUAAAUAUGAUUUACUCUUCCCUAUUAAAAGAAACAAAAAGAUGGAAACAACUAGGACUUAAGCUUAAGGAAAUAGUGCAGAUAUGAAUAGUUUUGGACCUGAAACUCCAUAGCAUAGAAGUGAAUUUGUUGGUACACCUUCUUAAAAUUAAAUAAGAAAAAAAAUUACAUACGUUAAUAAUGAGCUGUUUCCAUUAGGAGUUGAAAUUAAAUAUAGAUUGAGAAAUAAGAAAAUACAUUAUUCAGAUAUAGACUAAUACCUCUUCACUGGCGGUUUAAUAUAAAAGCAAUAUGUUACAUUUGAAGAUAUGAAGAUAGCUUUAAGAAAUGAGCCAUUUUGUAUAACAAUCGAGGAUGAUUUGAAUGUGUUAUCUAAAUAUCUCACUGAAGAUCAUGUAAAUCAAACUGAAGAGAGCAUGCUCAAUGAUGAAACCCCAAAUAUGAACAGAGGUUGUAAAGUUUCAUAGGUUAAAAAUUUGUUCAAGAAAUUCGUAGGUUUCUAUACAAUUUAUUCACAUGAGACCCAUCCUGAGUAAUUCUAAGAAAUUCAAAGAUUUGUUGCAGAGAAAGAAGAAUAGUUGAAAUAACAUUUUAUUCAUGAAAAUAUUUAAUAUGUCUCUAAAAACAAAUUGGAAUCUUAUAUGAAAUUUAAUGAUGCUUCUUUAGAUUAAGCUUUGCUAGAUUACAUAUACUAGGUUUCAUAUGAAAGCAACUAAUCGGUUAAUUAUGUCAAUUUAGAAUAUGUUUUCAAUUACUUCCAAGGCUACAAAUCACCUAGAGAGAAAUUUUCUGCAAUGCCUCAUUUAGAAGAGCAAUUUUUAGAUCUUAAUUCAAAAGAAGAUCAUAUUCAUAGGAAUAAGUCUGAUAAUGCAAAAGGAAAUUAAAAUAAUUUUUUAGACUCUAUAAGAGAAGAUCCUCCUUUCAAGCAAAAACUAACUGAUUUAAAUAAGCUGCAUAGCCAAGAAGAUAGUAAAUAAGACACUCCUAGAAAUCUAGAGGAUAUUCCUUAGGUUGGUUAAACAUAAAGUAUUUAAUAUCAACAAAGCAAGGAAGAAGAUUCUUAAGACCUUUCGCAUAUCAAAAAAAAUGAAAUGUCAAAAAUAGAUGAAGAGGAUGAUGCUGGAACUCCCCUCAAAGUUGAAGCCAAACAUUAAGAUACAAAAGGAAAAAGUCAAUUCAAGCACGAUGAAUUCUUUGAUGAUGCUAAUGAAGUUGAGUUUUGA